AUGUUUAACUCAGUGAACCUGGGAAACUUCUGCUCCCAGUCGCGCAAGGAGCGGAGUGCGGACUUCGGGGACCGAGCAGGUUGCGCUUCCAAUCUCUACCUCCCCAGCUGCACCUAUUACGUCCCAGAAUUUUCGACUGUGUCAUCCUUCCUGCCACAGGCCCCCUCUCGCCAAAUCUCCUACCCUUACUCCACGAACCUCUCGCAAGUGCAGCCAGUGCGGGAGGUCUCCUACGGGCUAGACCCCUCGAAUAAAUGGCACCAUAGAAGCAAUUACGCCUCGUGUUACUCCGCAGAAGAGCUGAUGCACCGCGAGUGCAUCCCGCCUUCCACCAUGACCGAAAUGCUAAUGAAAAACGAGAGCGCGUACAGCCACCACCACCACCCCGGCGCCAACCACCCGGCGCCCACGGGCUUCUACUCCAGCAUGAGCAAGAACAGCGUCCUCCCGCAAGGCUUCGACCGCUUCUUCGAGAACGCCUACUGCUCCGCCGAGAACCCGCCGGAGAGCUGCCUGCAGAAGGGCGAGAGCAAGCUGGAGAGCGACGCGCAGCCCGGCGCGCUGUCAUCCCGCGGCGAGCCGGGCGUCGACCCGGAAGACGAGGAGGAAAACACGAACCCGGGCUCCACCGCGUCGUCCUCCUCUGUCAACAAGGAAGGGAGCAAAACCAGCAACUCGAGUGCCCCCCGUACAAGAAAGAAGCGGUGUCCCUAUUCGAAAUUCCAAAUCAGAGAGCUAGAGAGAGAAUUUUUCUUCAAUGUCUAUAUAAACAAAGAGAAAAGGCUGCAGCUGUCUAGGAUGUUGAAUCUCACCGAUCGACAGGUUAAAAUUUGGUUUCAGAACAGAAGGAUGAAAGAAAAAAAACUAAGCAGAGACCGUCUGCAGUAUUUCUCUGGAAAUCCCUUAUUGUGA